GGGGCGGCAGCGGGUACUUCCGGGUGUGACAAGCCAACGCGCGUCCAAUGGGGGAAACGUUGUCUUUAUAUUACGAAGCGCUGCCCUUUGUUUAAUUCCCUGAGUUUGGGCCUCUCAAAAGCUCCCAUGACGUGUCUGAAUUAUAGGGACUCCAGAUAAUAAAAAAUAAAUAAAUUGGGGGUUGUUGUUGUGGGAAGAGCCUCCCCGCCGCGAGGCAUGCCGGGAGUCGUAGUCCCGCUCCUCCUGCCCAUCCGCUUUGCUGCGCUUUCUUCCCGGAGCAUACCGGGAAAUGUAGUUCUUCCACUGUAACCUCCCCCCCGCUCCCCCCCGCGCUCUCUCUCUCACCCCAGUCUCAGUUCCUGCCUCCCGUUGCUCCCCCAGGUGGGCAUGAACGGGGCGGGAGAGCCUGAUCCUGGCAGCGGGGGCUACAAAAGGCGCUACAGGGCCUUGAAGAGGAGACUGAAGUUCCUGAUCUAUGUGAGGAGCUUGGGGGGGGGCGGUGGGGAGAGGGGAGGCACUGGAGGGAAGGACUUCUGGGGGAGCAGGUCAUAUUAUUUUGGAAGGAGGGGGCAAUAUUUACCUUUGCAGGCGAGUUAAGGCUAAGUGAGAAACGGGGUGGGAGCCGAGGGUCGGCAGGUUAUGCUGGGUCAACAUGUUUCCGAUUCCAUGUGUCCAAAACAUUGUGGAUAUCCUGUUCUCGUGGGAAGGGGGGAGAGCACGUGGGGCGCCCCGGGUUAAGAUCUGUUGAAUCAACCCGCGCUUUUGUUUUUAUAGGGAGAUACGAGUAGAUAUGAGUAGCCUGCUCACUUGUAAGGGAGCUGAGAGCGGGGUUGGUUUCAGUGGGGUUUGUUCCCUGAAAAAACACAUCUUUCGAAACCUAGUGUGACGUGGAGGGGUGUGUGCUAGGUUUGGGGGGCUUUUCUGGGGAUUAUCUUUACUAUGAGCUCUGUGAUAGGCAACUGUAGGUUAAGAGUGAGCAAUAUGUGGGAGCUUACAGUGCUAACCUACUUUGCAGGGUUAUUGUCUGAGCAUUAAGAAAAAGAUAAAUGUGUGAGAAGAGCUUUCUUAUAGCCAUUUAAUAUCCUGCUCGUCAGUCUGGAGAGCAGCUCACCACAGUUAAAACAUUUACAGUACAGUACAUUCAAGGAAUAAUAAUAAUAAUGAUAAUAAUUUAUUAUUUAUACCCCACCCAUCUGGCUGAGUUUCCCCAGCCACUCUGGCGGCUCCCAAUCGACUUAAAAACAAUACAGCCUAGGACCCUCAUACUUACAGGACUGCCUCUCCUGGUAUGCCCCACGGAGGACCUUAAGGUCCAUAAAUAGCAAUACUCUAGAGGUCCCGGGCCCUAAGGAAGUCAGAUUACCUUCAACCAGGCCUCCAGCCUGGUGGAACACUGUCUCAUGAGACCAGGGCCCUGCGGGAUUUGAUUUCUUUCGGCAGGGCCUUUUCCUUCUGUGAUGGAACCCCUAUUUGGGGACUUCCCUGGCUUUUUUCUGGCCCAUGUAGGACCAGUCUGGAGGGUUGGCCUUGGUGAAGAUUUGACGUUUUCUCCCCCAAACAGUUUUUGAUCUGGGCUUCCACUGGGCUGCAUUUGAUCUGGGCUUCCACUGGGCUGCACUUUAAGUUGUAUUUUAAUCAAUGGUUUUUUUACUUGAUGUUAGCCGCCCUGAGCCCGGUCUUGGCCGGGGAGGGCGGGGUAUAAAUAAAAUAAAAUAAAAAAUUAAAAACUUCCCUAAACAGGGCUGCCUUCAGAUGUCUUUUAAAAAUAGGAUAGCUGCUUAUUUCCCUGACAUCUGAUGGGAGGGUGUUCCACAGGGCGGGCGCCACUACCAAGAAGGCCCUCUGUCUGGUUCCCUGUAACCUCACUUCUCACAAUGAGGGAACCGCCAGAAGGUCCUCAGCGCUGGAUCUUAGUGUCUGGGCUGAACGAUGGGGGCGGAGAUGCUCCUUCAGGUAUACAGGACCGAGGCCAUUUAGGGCUUUAAAGGUUAGCACCAAUACUUUGAAUUGUGCUUAGAAACGUACUGGAAGCUAAUGCAGAUCUCUCGGGACCGGUGUUAUAUAGUCCCGGUGGCCACUCCUAGUCACCAGUCUAGCUGCUGAAUUCUGGAUUAAUUGCAGUUUCCGGGUCACCUUCAAAGGUAGCCCCACGUAGAGCGCAUUGCAGUAGUCCAAGCGGAAGAUAACUAGAGCAUGCACCACUCUGGCAAGACAGUCUGCGGGCAGGUAGGGUCUCAGCCGGCGUACCAGAUGGAGCUGGUAGACAGCCGCCCUGGACACAGAAUUGACCUGUGCCUCCAUGGACAGCUGUGAGUCCAAAAUGACUCCCAGGCCGUGCACCUGGUCCUUCAGUGAAGGCAUUUUAAAACCAGCAGAACAGCAAGGAAUCUCUGUGAAACAAAGGAAUAUAAGACUAGUGUGAAACGUGAUGAUUUUUGGGAGCAGAGCUGAACCUUUGGUAGAAAUUCAAAAAGCACCCCUUCCCUCUGGUAUAUAAAUAUUAUUUGAUUAAGUGAUUUGAUAGUUUGAAAAAGGAAAGAAAAAGAAAAACACUGUCAGCUCACAUUAAUGAUACAGUAACUGUCAAUACAUUUUAGUUUAGACAUAUAGCUCAAUAUAUGCUGUCCAAAAAGAUAUCCAAGCGAGAUUUGCAUUUCUAAAAAGUAUGUUCAAAUGUAGCAAGAGUUUUAGGGUCUUUGAACCAUUCCAUAAUAGAUGGUGGGUAUUUAUCCUUUCAGGUUAAAAAUAUAAGUCUCUUAGUGAUUACAAGAGCUUGCAAAAAUUACACUUUGUUGUCCUGCUAUUAAUUCCAGAAUGGCUGACUAACGGGUUGGCAUUCUUUUCUUUUUUCGAUAGCAUUUUAUUAAUUUUCCAAAAACAACCAAAAUAAAAAACAAUAAUAAUAUUCACAUUCAAAAAUUUAGACCAUAAUCUUAAUAGACUUCCCUCUACUUCCCCUCCUGGUUCCAUUAUUUUACUCUUAUUCAAGCAUGUCCUUAAAAUCUUAUAUUCUUAACAAUUCAAUUUUUAAACCUUGUUCAUCUUAUUACAAGUGACUUUUAAAUGUUCAACUAAUGUAAAAGCCUAUCCACAAAGCUUACAAGGUUAUGCUUUAAACAUUUCCCUUAUUUAAAAAAGAGAAAACCAAUGUCCUUUGGGUUUCAAGUUGUCUAAUAUGUCCUGCAUGGUUCACUAAUUUAUUUUACCAAUCUUCUUUGGCGGUGGCUUCUUUCUUCUAUGGGGUUGGGCUGGUCUUGGCCUGGCAUCCACUCUCAGGUACAGGAACAAAGUCUUUUGCCCAGUAAAUCCAUUAAGUCCUGUACCUUUCAGAAUCAUAGCUUCUAUUUUUUUAAACAAAGGUCAUUUUCAACAUUCUCUUCAGAUCUUUAUAUGUUACCUCCCAGGCCUUCUUAAUAACUUUACACUGCCACCACAUAUAGUAGCCUCUCAUACCUUUUCCCCUUCCUUUCUGUUUUGUCUCCAUCAAAGUAAAAUCUUCCCAGAUCAAUUCACACGAGGUGCCAUUUUUACUGUGGAUCACCUUUACUUUCCCUUUUCCUCGAGCCUACCACCUCAACCUUUCCCACCUCAGUGGUUUGUAUGUUCACCUCUUUAAGUUGUCCCACAGUCUCUGAAAGUAAAUUAGUAUUUUCCCGGAUUUGAGAAGCUGUUUUUCAACAUUUUGCUUUAUCUUGCACAAUUCUCUUUUAAAUUCUGAAAUCAAAUCAUAAAAUUAAUAUUUUACAGUAUAUUCUUUUGACUUACGACCUUGCUGGUUUGUUUCAACACUGGAAUUUUUUCUUCUACCAUUUCUAAUUUCAGGUGGAGGGGGGUGGAAUCUCUCCCCCUUUCCCAGCUUCCUCUCUAAGAUUAAAUUCCAAAACAAAAAUUUUAACAAAUUCUAUUUUCUCACCUUUACAUCCAUUCACAACAAAAUAAUUUUUGUUCCAUAUGAAUAAAACUGUAAUAUUAAUAUUGUUUUAAAGUCUGCUUCUGACUUGCAUGGUCUCUCUUGUUAUUUCUCAGGAACAAGAAUGUUUCCAGGAAGAACUGAGAAAAGCGCAAAGGAAACUUUUAAAAGUUUCACGGGAUAAAAGGUGAGCUGAUGCGAUAGAGAAGGGCAGAGAGGGUGCAGAAUGGGGAGAUGAUGGGGGAGGUUGUGGAGCUGAAACUGAGAGAUGCUCCUGGUGCAGGAGAAAUGAAAUCUUCUAGUGAUGAAGGGUGGGAUAUCAAUUCUACAACCAAAUAAAUAAUAGAUAGGGUUGCCAUCUUUUUUUCGCAGGGUUCCUGGGUCCUUAAAAGCUAUGUGACAGGGGAAAAUCAGUAGACCUCAAUGCAACUCAUGAUAGGGAAAACUGCACCUGUUUGGUUUCUGCCUGAAAAGCUGCUAUUAAUGUUGCAUGCGAGCCUUGCCUUGAAAAGGUGACUGUUCCGUAAAUGGUGGGGAGGGAGCAGGAACAGGAUAUCUGAAGUGGCAGCAGGACUUAGUUUAUGUCAAAGAUGUCUAGCAUUGAGAUGCAGACUUUGUUUUCAAUACCAGAGCAGUAUUUGAGACUUUGAGCACUAAAAAUAGAGAAAAGUGCCUCAGUGUACAUGCAGAGUGCCUUUCUUCUGCUACUGAAUUUUCUGGCGCAAUCUCUGUGCACUUGGGUUUGAAGAGCAGGGCUUCGGAGGCAGGUGGCAGAGUGCUGGCCUCAGACAUUUUCCGCUUAGAAAUUAAGUGUUGCAUUUGAGAUUGUGACUUCCUCUCCUCCUGAUCGUUUCCUGUUUUCCAGUUUUCUGCUUGAUCGCCUGCUCCAGUAUGAGAACGUGGAUGAAGAAUCAUCAGGUAAUUCAAGGCUCACGACUUUCUUCUGGUUGUGUGCUUUGGGGAGGGUAGCCCACCCACACUGUCUUGGACAUGUGCAAAGAAGUGGAAGAAAAUGAAAUGUUGUUUCCACAGCAGCAGUAACAGCCUUGUCCAAAAUAACAAAGCAGUGUCUUGAUUAUGUCAUGGUAGUGUAUAAAUCAAUAAAUGUGGUGGUAGAAAGACUGGUAGCUAAAAGUCAUUUGAAAGGAUAUUAUUAGCUUAAUCCUAAAUGUCUGCAGUUUGAGGCCCAAAAUGAGGAAGAUCUGGGGCAAGAGCUCUUGCGCUUGGAGUUGGUCACAUGAAUCAGUGCAGUGAAGCAGCAUGAGCUUAGGCUGGGAAGACACGAGUUCAAAUCCACCAUUCAGCCUUGAAGAUUACGGGAUAAUCUUGCCCAAAUUAUGUCUCUCUGCCUAACCUGCCUCGCAAGAGUGUUGUAUGGAUAAAAUUACUCCCAUGUAUGUUAGGUACUUAGGGACGCGGGUGGCGCUGUGAGUAAAACCUCAGUGCCUAGGACUUGCCGAUCGCAUGGUCAGCGGUUCAAAUCCCCGCGGCGGGGUGAGCUCCCGUUGUUCGGUCCCAGCUCCUGCCCACCUAGCAGUUCAAAAGCACCCUUAAGUGCAAGUAGAUAAAUAGGUACCGCUUUCUAGCGGGAAGGUAAACGGCGUUUCCGUGUGCUGCUCUGGUGCCGGUUCGCCAGAGCAGCUUCGUCACGCUGGCCACGUGACCCGGAAGUGUCUGCGGACAGCGCUGGCUCCCGGCCUCUAGAGUGAGAUGAGCGCACAACCCUAGAGUCUGUCAAGACUGGCCCGUACGGGCAGGGGUACCUUUACCUUUACCUUUUAUGUUAGGUACUUGAGUUUCUCAGCCGAACGCUGGUAUUCAGAUCUGACUGAAACUAAUUUUUCAUUUCAGACUCGGAGGCAACAGCCUCCUCUGACAAUAGUGAUGGGGAGGUCCCCAAGGGGACAGAGCCACAGUCCCUAAAGAGGUGAGUGUCUCCAAGAUGAAGGGUGAGGAUCAGUGUCCACGAUCAUUGCCACCAACCAUGGGAUGAUAUAUCCUGUGGGCUUCCCCAAUGGGCAGAAUCCUUCUGCUUGGCCAAGUUCAGCCAGUUUUCAAAAUGUUAUCCCUUUUUAGGAAGCAAAAAAGACCAUAUGUUGUUUUCCUACAUGACCUUGCAGGACCAUUUUUAUGUACAGUGGUACCUCGGGUUAAGAACUUAAUUCGUUCUGGAGGUCCGUUCUUAACCUGAAACUGUUCUUAUCCUGAGGCACCACUUUAGCUAAUGGGGCCUCCCACUACUGCUGCUGCACCGCUGCUGCACAAUUUCUGUUCUCAUCCUGAAGCAAAGUUCUUAACCCAAAGUACUAUUUCUGGGUUAGCGGAGUCUGUAACCUGAAGCAUCUGUAACCUGUGGUACCACUGUAUAUGCUAGGGGGUGAUCUUUACAGGAAGCAAAGAUGUCUGUUUUGCUGAUCGUCCAUUGCAUGCCACAGUAAGCCAUAAACCACACAUUACGGCGCAUGAGCAAAUCACCCCUGCCUUCCCCUACCCCAGACAUGCUUGGAGGAAACAUAAACAGUGAUUCCUGGCUUUGUGUUAUUCCUGAACCGUGGACUGUAGUUUUCUUCGCUCCCAACUAAACCACGGUCAAGCCAAGUUUUGUUGUUCUUGGCUUACUGGUGGUAGGUUUUUUUGGAGCAAAACAAACCAUAAUCCCAAGGUUGGACUGAACCCUGAGCCAGCUAUUAUGGCUUUUGUUUUUUUAAAGUUUAUUUAUUUUAUUUAUAUACCAUCCUCCAUCCAAGGAUUGCAGGGAGGUUUACAGCAUAAAAAUGCAAAAUGAGAACACAAAAUACGUAACAAACCAAACCAAACCAAUGUUUAUUUCUGUCUUGUUUCCUCCCAGUACAAGUGGGGAACAGACAUGAUCAGCAGAUAGAGCCUUGGUGGUGGUGGUGCUGCCACUGGGGGCUGGCUGGUUGGUGUUGACCCGUGAUGGGUCUUUCCAGCGGCCAUUCCCAGUCUGUGAAACACCCUCUCUGGUCAGGUGUGUCUCCCUCCCUCAGUAUUGACUUCCAGGAGAAAUUUUAUCUGAACAUUUGAUAGCUGAAAGACACUGCUCCUGGCAACUCUGAAUUUUAUUUUAUUUUUUAGAAUACAAAAAAGUACUCACUAUUUUGACACCCUGGGCUUCUUUAAAGGGAAAGGUGGGAUGUAAAUCCAAUUGUAAUUGAGUAAUGAUAGGCGUGUACAGGGUAGAUGUGUGACGUGUAAACUGAGCCACUCAGUAUGAUUUCUUUGGCACCAUGCGCAAGCCAUGCCCGUAGGUGCUCUGGCCUUGUGGCUUGUGCUCGUGGCAACUUUUCAUCCGCGUGGCAACUCCUUUCUCCUUCUACCCACAGAAAACAAAGUCCACAGCUUGGCAGCGCUUCAUCCCCUUCGUCUUCAGGCCUUUCCCUCCAGCCAACUUCCGGCUUUGGGCUCCCAGCUUCAGGGACGCCAUCUCCCUACUUGACCUCUGUGAGUAACUUCAUUUCCGCCUGGGUAAAAGGACUGAGUAGGAUAGGGCUGCUCAAAUCAAACCUUGCAGGCACUGUCUUCAAAUGCUAUGAACUAGGGAAAGACUUGGGCCACCUUUGCCCCAUAGGUUUAAAACACUGAGAGAUAGGGAUAGAGAUCCCUGGGAAGAGGGAUUGACUGUUAAACCACCCUGGGAAUUGUAGCUUUGAGUGGGGAAUAGGGGGCUCCCUAAGAACUCUCGGCACCCUUAACAAAACUCCCAGAAUUAUUUGGGGGAAGAAGCCCUGACUAUUCCAAGUGUCAUCCUAGAGCUUUAAAUGUGUGGGGUAAAUAUGGCCUUGGAUAAGGUCCUUCUCAAACGUCAGAGAUAGCUUGGCUAGGUUUUAGUUGAGCUAACCUGACCUUCAACAUGGCCUACCAUAGAGAUGAGGCAAUGCUGUCAGGGAUUAGAGUGGCAGUGAAGUUCCCAUUACUUUCCUAGGCCAAGACGAAUCUAAGGCGCUCGUCUUGUGUACUAUCCACCAUGGCUGCGCUGACAGACGCUUGAAUGCCAUUGCCCACUCUGGCCAAGAUUCUUGGCCAGCAUUCAAAAUGGUCACUCUGGUGUCUUUGGUAUUGCUGUUGAGUUUGGUAGGAUAUCCAUUUCUCAUUAUGGCCACAAGUACUCUGGGCCUCUCUCUCAAAAUGGCUUCCCUGACUUCAAGGACAGAACUGACAUUGGAUAUGCCCAAGGCUGUUCCUCACCCUCUCCUUUCCAUACCACCUCCAUUUCGCUUCAUUAUUUUUUAUUACAGCAUUUAUUUGUGGUUGCUAACAUGCUAUAUAGACAUGAAAUGGAGCCUCUCUCUGCCUUGGCCAGAGAUAGCAUAAUACGUUGGGAGAAGUGAGUUCAUCAUACUGGUAUGUGCGCGGGGGGGGGGGCGAUGUUUAGUUACCUACACCUUGUAUAAUAAUGCAGUGUUUGGGUCUGACCUAUGUGUUUGGGUAGUCAGUCACGUUUUGUAUGUACAUCUGGUCCCCUCAAAGUGGACAAGGCACAUUUCAACGAAGGCUUGACGUUUGCUUGAAAAGGGCAGCCAAAACGAUCAAGAAACUGGAACCCCUCCUCUACCAAGGAAGGGCUAAAAUUUUAUGCCUUUGGGGGGGGUGGAGGGGGGUGACUAACCAAGCAAUCCUAAUGCAUGUCUAUUCAGAAGUAAGUCUGGGGCUGAUGGGACUUGUCAUCUGAAACUUGCAGCAGGCACCAAUAUAGGGAAGGCUGUGGUAAGAGAUUUAUAAAAUGACACGUGGUGUGGAGAAGGUGGAGAGAGACUUUCCCCUCCCCUUUCAUAAUACUACAACUUGGGCUCACCCAGUAAAAAUGAUGGAGAGGAGAUCCAGCAUCGACCAAAGAAAAUAUUACUUCACAAAAUGUGCAAUUGCUUAUGGAGUCGGCUGCCGCUGGGGUGCGAUGGCAACUAGCUCAGGUGGCUUUCAGAAAAGUUUAGACAAAUCUGCAGAGGGGGAGAGGUCUGCCAAAAGCUACUUAGCUGUUACGGCUAUGUAGAACCUGCAAUUUCAGAGGCACGCAACCUCUGAACAUGAGUUGCUGGGAGGGGGCUGGAUUGGGUGGCCUUCUGGUCUGAUCUUAAGACGGUCGGUGGUGAUGUUUGACCAGCUCAAGCUUACAGGCAUAGAUUUCUCAAAUUAUAUGUGUGUGGCUUCUUACUCAGAACCCCUUUCUGGGGCUUGCAUGCUCAUCAUUCAUACUUUGAUUUCUUAUUCCAUCUCCCCACCCCGCCUCCACCCCUUUCCCACCCAGCUGGCCUCACCCCCCUAUGCUCCCUUCCCCUCUGACUACCUGGCACUAGAGCCUGAGCCUGGGGCCCCCCAACCUGAAGCCAACGCCACCCGCUCUGCCAGGCGGCCCCAAAGGCCCCGCAAGCUCAAGGUACCAUCGAGAUUGGGUCGGGGGUGGGGUGGGGGAGGGCAGAGGGUGUCUGCAAUCCACUAAGUGGACAGGUUGAAGUCUGAAUGUAGGGGACUGAAUUAAAUUUGGGGCUCAUAUUGCUGUACUGUAUUGCAAUAUAAUUUGGGGGUGGGGAGAAUAGAAUAUAAUUUUGGGUGUGUUUCUCUCUCUAUAUAUACACACAUACACAUUGUGAUGUUUUCUAUGCACAUGUAGAUUGAAUUAUUCUCAUUGAACACAGUAGGGCAUAAUAACAUAGAACAGCAAUGAAGCUGCAACUACACUGCAAACUUAAAACUCAUUUUGAACCUCUGUGGUAUCAUGGCUUCUCUCCAGGGAACCCUGGGAAUUGUGGAGGCUUCUUCUGAGCGAGCCGCUGGAAAAUUAAACUUUUCCUCACAGAACAAUUUUUGUUUGUUCUGGGGGAUUGUUUGAACCCAUCAAUACGGCACCUUUUUAGCCAAAAAACACAGAGGCAUUUUAAGAAGAAAAUUAUGUGGGGCAUGGUAGAAAGAGGAGGUUCUCUUGGAUGGGUCUUAGUGCUACGUACAACAUUGCAGACCCACCCUGUAAAUUAUUGGAAGGCUCGCUCAUCCUGUCCUUAUACAUCCUGGAUAAACGCUAAGCUCUCGGUAGCAAGCCUGGAAAGUUCUAGAAGAGAGGUCAAGUGUUAUGGGCUUGGGCAGGCUAAAAUAAGUACAGCGUUACUCUGUGUGGAAGGAAAUUUCCGCAAAAUUCUGCCAUUUCAUACGGGGGUGGGCAACAUGCUGCUCCUUUCUGUGUGGGACUAGAGAAUGCAAUGCAGGAGGAGGUUUGGCUCUGCCUGGCUCACUCUCCCACCCACAAUUUCUUGUUCUUUUCCCCACUGCAGCUCCCGCUGCCCCCCACCUCCCACUCUGACUGUUCAUCUGUGGUGGUGGGGCUGCCCUUUCCUUCGCCCCGCGGGACCCCCAAGCUGCCGCCGCCCACCAUCCUCAGUACAGUGCCCCACCAGAUGUUCAGUGACACCGGGGAGGGAAGUGGCGAAGACCCCCUGGAUGGUGACGACGAAUUGGUAAUCGACAUUCCCGAGUGACAGUGGCAAGCGGCUCUCUCUGCUCAAAGGACACAGGCCUCGCAGUGGUGUGCGUGGGGAUUGCGCCCCACAAUUUUUAUUUUUUUUGUUUACAGACUCCAAAAACAUGCAAACCAGUCAAUAAAUGGGAUUUUUUAUAUAUAUAAAAAAUUCCAGUUGCAGUUUCUACACAUACCCUCCCCCAAACCCCCACCCCAAACUUCCCUCUUCUCCUAAACCCCAUGAGCCCUUAGAAGAAGUUGCCUCCUGCUGAGGCCAGAGGUUUCUUGAUUCUCUUCAGACAUGUACCUUCAUCUACAAACUGUAUUGAUUAAGAAAAAUCUUUGUGAAAAAGUGCAUCCCUUUACGAGGUGGGAAGAAUCUUCUUUUCUUUUUUUUUAGCUACAAAAGAAAAAAUCCCUUUAAAGGCAGGGAACUCUGAAAAAGUGCUGGAAAUCUCCUGAGGGGAGAAAAAAGUGAACGUUUUUAAGGACUAGGAGAGGUUUUCGCUGCACAUGUAAACAUUUGAAGUCAAUCUGCUUAUGAAAUUUUUGUGUGGAGAAGUUUAUCCUUCAAAACCCACUUGGGGAUUGUUUUACAUAAAAUAGAAAGAUCACCAGUG